AUGUACUACUGGCUUGCAUCGAUAUCCUUCCCCCAUCAAAAGAAUCAUGAUACCCAUCAUCAGGAUCAAUUUGUAUUAGCUCAGAAGCUUUUGACAAAACUUUUUUCGGCCAAUUCCAAAGGAAUAGGUAUUAACGGAAUCGACGUUGUCAAAGAGGCAUUAUGCGUUUCUUGA